AUAAUUGGCCAUUUUCCUUCUCCCAUCACUUCACAACAACAUUUCCUCCUUUAAAAUCAAUUCAAUUACAGAGUGCUUCCUAAUACCCUUUUCCAAAAAUGGCCGAAGAUCUUCUCUUCAAUGUUGCUGGAGAAAUCAUUAAGAAAUUGGGUUCUGUAGCUCUCCAAGAGAUUGGCCUGUGGUGGGGUCUCAAGGAAGAGCUUCAGAAACUCAAGAACACAACAACCACAAUCCAGGCUGUGCUUCUCGAUGCAGAGGAGAAGUCUGCUCAAAACAAUGAAGUCAAAAAUUGGCUUGGCAUGCUGAAAGAGGUGGUCUAUGACGCAGAUAAUUUGCUCGACGACUUCUCCACUGAAGCUUUGCGCCAGCAAGUCAUGGGUGGAAACAAAUUGAAAAAGGAGGUAUGGCUUUUCUUUUCAGCUUCCAAUCCAAUAGUUUAUGGUAUUAAGAUGGGUCAUAAGAUUAAGGCAAUAAGGGAAAGACUAGAUGAUAUUGCAAAAAAUAGGCUUGCAUUCCACUUUGUAGAGCAUAGUACAGAAAACCCAUUCACAGCUAGAGAAAGAGACCAAACUAUUUCAUUUGUAGCUGAGGAAGAAGUCAUUGGGAGGGAUGAUGAUAAGAAGAGAAUUCUAGAACUUCUAUUUGACUCCAACACUGAAGAUAAUGUUUCAGUGAUUCCAAUUGUUGGAAUUGGAGGAUUAGGGAAAACCAAAUUGGCUCAAUUGGUUUAUAGUAAUAAGAAUGUUACAGAAAAAUUUGAGUUGAAAAUGUGGGUUUGUGUAUCUGAUGUCUUUGAUAUAAAAAUAAUUGUGGGAAAGGUUAUAAAAUCUUUGACUCGUAAGGAACCAGGAAACCUUGAGUUGGAUCAAUUGCAAAGUGAUCUAAGAGAAAGAAUUGAAGGAAGGAAAUAUUUGUUAGUGUUGGAUGAUGUUUGGAAUGAAGAUCUUCAAAAAUGGACUGAUUUAAAGGCAUUAUUGACGUGUGGUGCAAGAGGAAGUAGGAUCUUAGUGACCACUCGUUCCGAAAUGGUUGCAGCAAUAACUAGUGGCAAAAAGACACAUUAUUCUCUAAAGGGCUUAGAUGUAGAUAAGUCUUGGUCUUUGUUUAAGAAACUAGUGUUCGAGGGGAAAGAGCCAGAGAGUCCAAAAGUGAAAGAAAUCGGAGAGCAGAUUAUAGAGAAGUAUGUUGGAGUUCCCCUUGCAAUAAAGACAAUUGCAAGUCUUUUAUACUUUAGGGAUCCAGAAAGAGAAUGGUUGCCUUUUUUAGAAAAUGAUCUUUCAAAAAUAGCUCAGAAUGAGAAUGACAUUUUGCCAACCCUUCAAUUGAGUUAUGAUCAUCUGCCAUCACAUUUGAAGCAUUGUUUUGCUUAUUGUGCAUUAUUUCCCAAAGAUUAUGUGAUUGAUGUGAAAAAAUUGAUUCAUCUUUGGGCUGCCCAAGGAUUCAUUGAGUCAUCAAAUUCAAGUCUAUGUGUUGAAGACAUUGGGCUACAGUAUUUUACAGAGUUGUGGUGGAGGUCAUUUUUUCAGGAAGUAGAGAGGGAUGAAUUAGGCAAUGUAGAAAGUUGCAAAAUGCAUGAUUUGAUGCAUGACCUCGCAACUUCAGUUGCUGGGAAGGGCAUUUGCAUAAUAAAUUCUAAAGAAAAAAGUGUGGAUGAAAGUGUCCGUCACGUGUCAUUUUACUUCCGGUUAUAUUCAUCCCAACAAAUUCCUGCUGGAUUAAGCAAUGCACUAAAAUUGAGGACAUUUCUUUUGCCACAGCAAGACUUUUCUAUUAGCGAUGAUGUAAGUAAGUUGUCAAUCUCUAAAGUUAUUGUUCCAAACUUUAGAGAGUUACGGGUGUGUGAUAUGAAUCGGGAAAAUAUUAAAAAAAUGUCCAAUUUCAUAAAUAAACUAAAACAUCUGAGAUAUCUUGAUGUUUCUGUUAAUAGAAACAUCGUAGCACUUCCAAAUUCUAUUACGAAUCUACAAAAUUUACAAGUGCUAAAUGUCUCCAAUUGUAGUCUGAAGGAACUGCCUAAAGAUAUUAAAAAACUGAUUAAUCUUAGGCAUCUGUAUUGUGGUAAUUGUUUCUCUUUGACCCAUAUGCCACGUGGGCUUGGGCAAUUGACUUCACUUCGAACGUUGACAUGGUUUGUAGUGGCAAAAGAUAAUUCAGUGGCAAAGAAUGUUGGAGGAUUAAAUGAAUUGAAUAGCCUCAACAAUUUGAGAGGAAGUCUUGCAAUUAUUAAUUUGGGAUAUGUGAAAAAUGGGAUAAUAAAUCCUAUUUUGAAAGACAAGUCGCUUCUUCAAUCAUUGUCUUUAUCUUCGGAUCGAUAUUUUGACGAUGCAAAUGUUGAUAAUGAAGAAAUGGCAUUCCAAAAUCUCCAACCGCAUCCUAAUCUUAAAAAGUUAACGGUGGAUUCGUACAGAGGCUUGAGUUUACCAAGUUGGCUUUCUUCCCUCACAAAUCUUGUCGAUAUUAGGUUAACGUAUUGCAGAGGUCAGCAUCUCCCACCGCUGUAUCAAAUCCCUUCACUUCAAAUGUUAGACAUUUCCCAAUUUGAUUAUUUAGAAUACAUAGAAAUUGAGGGACAAGCAGCAUCAUUCUUUCCAUCCCUCAAGUUUCUAAGAUUGUGGGGUUGUCGUAAGCUGAUAGGAUGGCGGAUGAAGAGGUAUGAAGAUGACAGUGAUGAUUCAACCACCAUAUCAUCACCAGACCUACUCCAAUUUCCUUGUCUUUCUCGGUUCAUUUGCUACCGUUGCCCUAAUAUGAGUUGGAUCCCUCAGUUUCCAUCUCUCGAUGAAGAUUUAGAAUUGACGAAAGUGAGCGUGCAACUUGUGCAGCAAAUAUUCACAACAUCAACUUCUUCUUCUUCUUCCUCAAUCAGUCCUCCUCUCUCUAAAUUGAAGAAUCUUCGGAUUGAGGAGAUUGAGGAACUCGAAUCUCUACCGUCAGAUGGAUUGCAGAAUCUCACUUCUCUUCACACUUUAAAUAUUACUAGUUGCCCAAGAUUAACUUCUCUGCCUCGAGAGAUUUGUUCCCUAAUAUCUUUACGAAAAUUGUACAUUCAUAAUUGUCCCCUAUUGAACGAAAGAUGCGCAAAUAAAAAAGGCGCAGAUUGGCCUUUCAUUUCUCACAUCCCAAAUAUUAUGGUUGAUUCAAAGAGAAUUCAAGAGGAGGGACGCUAUCUGCUAGGGGACGAAGAUAAAAAUCUACAGCUUCUGAAAUGAAAUGAUACGAGUUAUGAAUGUUAGAUGCCCGAUAAUUUAGCCACUCUAUUCCAUGGGAAAUCAGCAAUACUAACAUUGAGUCUGAAACUUCAUUGUGCCUUGUGCUCUUGACAAGUGAUAUGUAUGAAUAAUGUUGCACUGGACUUUAUCUUUAAUUCCCACAGACACUGGGUCCUCGAGUAUGAGGAAUCGCAUUUCUUUAGAUCGCCGAAAUUCUGAUAAAUUGGGAAGUGAUGAGCAAAUACAAACGAUACAAAAUUCAUUGAAGUUAUUAGAUUUCAUUUUAGAACUAUAACAAGAUGUCAUGGCAACAAUUGCUCAUACCCAAUUAGGCAUCUUCAGAUCCUUCUUGGAAUUUAUCAGCUAGGCAAGUGCUCUGGAGUGAAAUUCAGGUGUUACAAAUUUUCCUGCAACUAAGAUUGCAACUGAAAAAUAACCAAGGAUGAUUUUUGUGUCAGACACAUCAAUUAUUGAGCAAUUUGGUGAUUUCUUACUGCAGUGCUUCUCACAUUCAUCUUAAAUAUUGCAAAGAAUUCUAACUGUAUACAUAACCUGCAGUCACUUAUAGACACUGGAAAUGGGAGAUCAAGGACAGAUUAUAUUCCCAUAGUUUCUUGGACCAGAAAUAUGAGUGAUUUGAGAAUGUUUUCAUCACAAAAAUGAAAUCAGUGUACAUCUUUUGUCCUUGUGUACCUCAAAGCUUCCUGCCUCUAAUUCAUUUCAUCGUGAAGGGGAUAGAUAGCAGUGGCCAUCCUACAAGGCCUUCAAGGGGACAGGCUUUGCAUGGAGCAGCAAAAGUGUUGGCUUAUUUCGUCUUAAAACAUUUUAAAGAUCAGAUUUGAAUGUUCAUUUAACAAACUGAAGCAGAGAAGAUAUCAAGACAAUGACUACAAUCUGAUAAUGCAAUUGGACUGAUGAUACGAAUCAUUUGUCAAGGGGGAAAAGAAGAAGACUUCAUACAGUUGUUAAUCAUUGGUUGUCCCCAAUCGAAAGAAAGAUGUGGAAAUUGGCCUUUCAUUUCUCACAUCCCAAAUAUUCAAUUUGAUUGGGAAAGAAUUAAAUGCACAGGAUAAUGAAGGACGAGAUAAUUGUUCUAUGCACAACAAAUUUAGCCACUCUAUUCCUUGGGGAAAGAGUAAUAAACUGGCUCAUCAAGAAAGAGGAGUCCCGGGACAACUGUUUAUUUACAUCCCUGAAAUUCUAAUAAAUUGGAAAGUGUUGAACAAAUGCAAACGGUGCUCAGCGCAUCAGCAGGUCAUGCUUCUAUCCACUGUAUUCUUUUUAGUAGAGUCUACUUCCAAAAGAUUCAUACGCAGGGAAUUUUGGUGCAUAUUCAAGUCAAUGUGAUCGUUAGUGAUCUAGUUUUGCUGGAUUUUAAGAAUUUUGCAUGGAAUUUCACUUGUGCACAUCUCUGAAAAUUCCAUGUAAUAAAUUGAAAUCUGGAACUAGUGCAAAGGAAACUUGGAAGAUAGUUUCUUGAUUCAAUCAUCUAAUUAUUUAUUUUUAUUUUUAUUCUCUCAUGUAGAAUGGUGGUUACAGAACAAAACAAGAAAUGAGGAGCUCCAGUGCUACAAUUACAACCUUGCUAUGCUUUUCCAAAUAUAUUAGAUUUGUCAUAUUCUUGGAGUUUUGUUUCUUUUCUUUUUCUUCUUCCUCGGUCAUUCCUCCUCUCUCUGAUUUGAAGAAGCUCUGAUUUGCCACAUAGAAGAACUCGUGCCACACAGAGGCACGAGGUCUCCAAGUUGGGUUUCUUCAAAUCUUGUCAAUAUUAAGUUACUGGAUUGCAGAUGUCAGCAUCUCCCACCAUUGCAUCAAAUCCUUUCUCUUCAAAACUUAGAGAUUUCGGGAUUAAAUGAUUUAGAAUACAUAGAAAUUGAGGGACAAGGAACAUCAUUCUUCCCAUCCCUCAAGUAUCUGAAAAUACAGUUUUGUUCUAAACUGAUAGGAUGGUGGAAGAAGAGGUAUGAAGAUGAUAGUGAUGAUUCAACCACCAUAUCAUCACCAGACCUACUCCAAUUUCCUCGACUUUCUCGCUUCAUUUGUCAUUGUCGCCCUAAUUUGAGUUGGAUCCCUCAGUUUCCAUCUAUCGACGUUUUAGAUUUGAGGGCAGUGAGCGUGCAACUUGUGCAGCAAAUAUUCACAACAUCAAUAUCUUCUUCUUCUUCUUCUUCCUCAAUCAGUCCUCCUCUCUCUAAAUUGGAGAAUCUUCAGAUUGAGGAGAUUGAGGAACUCAAAUCUCUACCGUCAGAUGUAUUGCAGAAUCUCACUUCUCUUCAAACUUUAAAGAUUAGUAAUUGCCCAAGAUUAACUUCUCUGCCUCGAGAGAUGUGUUCCCUAACAUCUUUUUGAGAAUUGGAAAUUGAUGAUUGUCCCCUAUUGAACGAAAGAUGCGCAAAUAAAAAAGGCGCAGAUUGGCCUUUCAUUUCUCACCUCCCAAAUAUUGAAGUUGAUUACAAGAGAAUUCAAUGGGAGGGCCGCUAUCGACUAAAGGACGAAGAAAAAACAUCUAGAGCUUCUGAAAUGGAAUGAUACAAGUUAAUGAAGAUUAGAUGCCUAAUAAUUUAGCUACUCUAUACCAUUGGAAAUCAGCAGUGCUAACUUCGAGUUGAAAUCUCUUGUGCUUUGUGUUCUUGACAAGUGACAUAAAUGGAUAUGUAGGAUUAAUUUUGCACUGGAUUUUCACUUUAAUUUCUACAUAUACUGGCUUAUCAAGUAUGAGGAAUUACAUCAACAAAUACUAAGACGCUGAAUCCAUUCGAAAACGUUGUUUCAUUUCAAGCAUUUUCUGAAGAAUAUGGAAGAAACGAAUUUGCUUUGCAUCUUGAAGCAGGUAUAAGGUCAUAGACUGCAGCUAUGACCCCACCAUUGUUCCCAUCUCCCUCUUCUACAGAAUUCUAACUCUGUAUAUGGUGACAUGCACGAAUCACUGCUCAAAUCUAGAGGAAAUUUUGGUGACGACUUACAACCAGAUGCUGGAUUCCCUUUUGAUAAUCGCUUCUUAGUCUUCAAUGGUGAUUAUGUUGACUGAGGCGCUUGAGGUCUCAAGACCUUCUUGCUUUUUUUAGCUUGGAAGGAAUUGGCCUAUGCUUUUUGACUUAUUAAUUCAAAAGUCAACUUCUCUUGAGAAUAUGGAGGUUCUCAAAUAGUGAGAUUCCUGGAUGAAAAUAGAAAGGUUUAUAUUCAUUCAAGAUCUCAGUAUUAGUCACUGCAAAAAGUUCAAAAGCUAUUGGAGGGUAUUGGAGGGUGUCUCUAACAAAUUGGCAAUUGUUUGCAUGAGUUCUCUCUAACAAAUUGAAGCGGAAAAGAUAUCAAGACAAUGACUACAAUCUGAUGAUUUAACAGGUUGCUCUAACACAAGCCAUGUGAAAAGAAGACUGCAUACAGUUGUUAAUCAUUGGUUGUCCCCAGUUGCAAGAAAAAUGUGGAAAUUGGCAUUUCAUUUCUCACAUCCCAAAUGUUCAACUUGAUUGGGAAAGAAAUAAAUGCACAGGAAAAUGAAAAUAGUGUGAAGGAUAAGUAUUCCAUGCACCACAAAUUUAGCAACUCUAUUCCUUGGGAAAAGAGCAAUAAACUGGCUCAUCAAGAAAGAGGAGUCCCACGGUUACUGGUUUUUUACAUCCCUGAAAUUCUAAUAAAUUGGGAAGUGUUGAACAAAUGCAAACGGUGCUGAGUGCAUUAGCAGGUCACGCUUCUAUCCAUUGUAUUCUUUGGAAUAGAGUCUACUUCAAGAAGAUUCAUACACAGGGAAUUUUGGUGCAUAUUCAAGUCAAUUUGAUCAUCAGGGAUAUAGUUUUGCUGGAUUUUAAGAAUUGUACAUGGAAUUUCACAUUGUCCACAUCUCUGAAAAUUCCAA